CUCAAAAGUACCAAUCUUCUCUUCAUUUUUAGCUCCAUCUUCUUCAACUUGAUCAUAAGUAGUUUUUUUCUCUCUCCAAAGCUUGCAUUCCAUCUAAUAGGUUCAUCAAUAUUCGACAUUACUAAAAUGGCUUAUUUUGAUUCAUCGAUUUGUGAAAGCAGGAGUACUAGUCGGGUGCUCUUCUUCAUCUUGAUCAUCAUCCUCUCGUCCUCCACAGCUCAUCGUCGGUGUCGAAUAGUUUCGGCCCCGCAAUUGCAAGCAUGAGAGAUAUGCUGAAGGCUGCAUUAUCGAGUGAUUAUCGUGGUCAUAUGGGGAAGCAUAUGAAGCUAGAUGGAUUUGUAGAGGCUUUUCGACCCACCACUCCUGGUCAUAGUCCAGGAGUUGGACAUUAAUUAAUUAAUUAUAUCAUGUGUAUUGUAUUGUUUAAUUUUUUUUUUUCAUGAAUAUUGUAGGGUUAGAAACUAUUUAAGGUUAUAUUAUUUUAAUUAAUAAUGUAUUAUUAUUUUCUUGCCCAGGUUCAGGUUUAUAACUGAUUCUCGGCCCUCAGAACUGAAAUUAAAUCAUCUUUUUCAGUAUUCUGUGUUUCUUAAUCAGAUUGUAGUCUUCAAUUUAAUUUAGAAUUUAAAUUUUAUAUGCAAAGAUAAAAUCAUAGAGUUGUGAUAUUUUAGUAUCAACUUAUUUUGGUCAUUUUUACACGUGGCCUGAAGUAGUUGUAGUAGGGGGCACGUCGCGAAGACUUCAUGAGAAUCGAAAGUAGUCAGUUAUCAGUAGACGUGUUCAUCUUCACACAUGCGGGUAGAGAACGUGUGUGAUAAUUGUAGAGACAUUAUCGAUAAGACUAUGAAUUCAUUUAUCUAAAAGUGAGAAGAAGAGACUAACAAAUCACAUGGAAACAACUAUGUCUCAAUUUAACUUUUUCCCUAUAGCUCAUAAUUGCGAAGGGUUCCUACCACAAUUUUUUAAAACAAAAAAUAAAGGUUCCUUCCACAAGGGAUACACCACACGAACCAACAAGGUUACAUUGUGACUCGGGCCAGAAUAGAACCACUACUUCACCGCGGCUAACUGUGAUAUUGAGCCCAUGACAUGGUUUAAGCCUCACUAUUAUUAUAGAGUGAACAAGGAUACGCACAACAAUGCAGCCAUGAGCACAAUGUUCCUCUAUGAAUUUGCAAUGUUUCUCCACCACUAUGCACCAUGCACCAAGAGUUUUGCAUCGAGCCUCACGUCAUGAGCCACCAAGGCUACAACGCUUCUCCAUGAACGUGAUGUUUCAAGUGCACCGCCGAACUAGCUUGAUUGAACUAUGGCUCUACACUCACAAACCAACAAUGUGGCUAAGAAACUGUGAUAUUGGGAGGGGUCUAACCAUCGCUCCAUGUCGUCAUCGUGAUAUUCACAUGAUUCCACGUUUUCUGGUCUCAAAAUUCGUUAUUUAUUCACAAAGUAUCACGGAAGAACUCUACUUCUUCACGGGAUUCUGUUUUUGAACCAGAGAAGAAGAUGACCGUUGAACCCAACGACGCCGUUCCCACAAAGACCCACUGAACUAGGAGCGAUGUCUUUUCUGGCAAAGUUAGCUUUAGUCAUGAAGUUCUUAGUUGUGUAUCUUUCCAUUUUGGCAAUGUGCUUUCUUCAGACACAAGCUUUGUCUUCUUCUUCCAUUAUGUUUGUACUGAACACCCAACUAUAUAAGCUGAAGUUUGAAUGAACCAAAGCAAGCUCUUUUCUCUCCAACCCUAAAGGUUGUUAUGGUAUCAGAGCCCUCAACCCUAGCUGCCACCAUCACAACUCAUGGUUGCAAACCAACAAGCAGCCGCUACUACUUCCACAGAAGCAGCAGCACCCCCUCUCAAAAUGUUUAUCCCAUGUAUGACCCUUUCUAUCUCCAUGGUUCUGAGCAACCUGGCCUCCAGCUCGUUGCUGAAAAACUCACCCCCACCAACUACAUUGACUGGAGCAAAGCCUUUCACAACACUCUUGGUGCCAAGAACAAACUGGGGUUUGUAGAUGGCUCCAUUCCAGAUCCAUGCCAAGGUCAUGCCAAUGCCUGGUCUUGGACAAGGAACAACAUCAUGGUGCUCUCCUGGAUUUAGCAGGCAGUCGACCCUCGGAUAAGGAAGACCAUCGUGUCCUGCAAAACAGCCUUGGAAGCUUGGAGAAGCCUGCGUGACAGGUAUGGCCAAGGUGACAUGGUGAGAAUAGCUGAGCUUAUUGAGUCUAUCUGCAAUCUCAAGCAAGGUAACUCCACUGUCACUGAAUACUAUGGAAACCUCAUAGCCCUAAGGGAUGAACUAGAGAACUACCAACCCAUAGAACCUUGUGCCUGCACUACUACCAGCCACAAUACAUGUAGGGCUUUGCAAUUGGUUCUAGGGUACAAGGCACCAACUAUGUCAUCCAAUUUUUAAGAGGUCUCAAUGAAAACUUAACAAGUGUGAGGUCACAAGUUUUAUUUGGUGAUGCUUUGCCACCAAAUGAUCGUGUGUUCCAACGAAUGCUUCAACAUGAGAGUCAACUGUCUAGCUCCCAAUCAGGGAAAACUCUAACAGCAAAAGGGAUGGCCUUUGCUGCUCAAACAAAUCCUAAUUAUCAAGGCAAAAGGCCACGACCAUAUUGCACCUUUUGCAAAUUCACAGGCCACACAGAGGACACCUGCUACCACAAACAUGGAUGGCCUCCUGGCAUGUCCAACCCCAAAUCUCCCAAUUCAGCAGGCAGAACCUUGGAAUACACUCCCUGCAAAAAAAAAAAAAAAAAAAAAAAACAAGGUCACACUGAAGACAAAUGCUUCCAAAAGCAUGGUUAUCCAUCACGACUUGGUAGCAAAGGCAAGGUUUCUGUUAAUGCCACAACAACUACUGCUGAGAAUGAUGAAGUUAAGUUGACCAAAGCUGAAUAUGAGAGAUUUCUCAAUCUCAUGAAGGACAAGGAAACUGGGGAACACACACAAAACUAUGCUUCUUCCUUUUCUGCUGCAACAUGGGCUAACCAUAGUCCUGCAACUUCAGGUAAAUUUUCAUUCACAGCUCACCAUGAUUCUUCAUCCCAGCAUGCCUGGAUUCUAGACACUGGUGCCUCAGACCACAUUGUCUACUCUCUGAAUUAUCUUGUCCAAUCUAGGAAGGUACCAAACAUUCCCAUAACUCUUCCUAAUGGAGCUCAAGUUGAAGAAACACAUGUUGGCACAGACACUUGUGUUGCUGACCUUGUCCUUUAAAAUGUCUUGUUUGUCCCACAAUUCAACUUCAAUCUCAUUUCUGUGAGCAAACUGACCACCAAUCCCUAUCCUCACUUAACCUUCUUUUCCACUAUCUGUCUAAUACAAGAUUUGCAGUUGA